CGGGUGGGGAACGAAGAAAAAUUGGGAACACCGAAACGCAAAACAACGCAACCUCCCUUGCGAAGCUUCUUCUCUUCUCCUCCGAUGGACGAGCAGACCCGAUCACCACCACCACUACCACCUGGUGGUCCGAAUCACGUGGUGGAUGAUGAUCCAACGGCCGAGGACGACACUUCUUCCUCCACGCUCCUUGAUCUCAGCAGCUACCAACUCCAUGAUCUCGACUCGGUCGAGUUACCUUCGACUCUAACCGAGUUGGACCUGACGGCGAACCGCCUCUCAAGCUUAGAUGCUCGGAUUUCAAACCUCUCCAAUCUUAAGAAGCUUUCUCUGCGCCAAAACCUAAUCAACGAUGCCGCCGUCGAACCGAUCUCUGGCUGGCACGCUCUCUCCGGUCUCGAGGAGUUGGUGCUCAGGGAUAAUAAGUUAACGAAAAUACCUGAUGUUAGUAUAUUCAAGCGGCUUCUGGUUUUUGACAUAUCUUUCAAUGAGAUUACUACUUUACAUGGAUUGUCUAAUGCCUCCAACACCCUCAAGGAACUUUACGUGUCUAAAAAUGAAGUUACUAAAAUUGAAGAAAUUGACCACUUUGUUGAACUGCAAAUUCUGGAGCUCGGUUCCAACAAAUUGCGGGUGAUGGAGAAUUUGCAAACUUUAACAAAUUUACAAGAAUUGUGGCUGGGGAGAAAUCGUAUCAAAGUUGUUAAUUUAUGUGGGCUGAAAUGCAUCAAGAAGAUUAGCGUGCAAAGUAAUAGAUUAACUUCUAUGAAAGGAUUCGAGGAAUGUAUUGCUUUAGAAGAACUAUACUUGAGCCACAAUGGGAUUUCAAAAAUGGAAGGCCUAUCAUCCUUAAUCCAUUUACGUGUCUUGGAUGUCUCAUCAAAUAAGUUAACAUCCGUUGAUGACAUUGAAAAACUAACACAGUUAGAAGACUUAUGGCUGAAUGACAACCAAAUAGAAUCACUUGAAAGUGUUUCUGAGGCUGUUGCCGGUUCAAGAGAGAAGCUUGGCACUAUCUACCUUGAGAACAAUCCUUGUGCAAAGUCCCCGGGCUACAUUACAGCCUUGAGACAAGUCUUCCCAAAUAUUGAGCAAAUUGAUUCCAAUGUCUUUUACUAGAAGUUUUCAUUGCUUCGGAUUUUUCGAAGGCAGUUUUUAUGGAAGUACCGCAAAUCAUAGCUUCUAUUUAGGCGGACUGUGUUCCAGGAGACUAACUGGAAGGCAUAACAUACUACACUGCAACAGGCUUGAUACAGAUAAUAAUGAACAGCCCCAGCCUUUUAAUGAUGUUUUCUGUCUUUCAGAUCACCUUACUUCUUUCGUUUUUAUUUGUGUUCGCUAUUUAUAUACAAAGGCAAUUUAGAUCGACUUUGUUUCCUUCAUCUGUGCUUGUUGCCUUUUUUUGGUAAAUAUUUGUGCCUUGACAAUUGUACAUUCUUUUGAAUGGUGGAAUGCAUUGUCGAUGCUUAAGAUGAUUUUGAGAA